ACCCUCACAGGUGCGCCGGCCUGGGAGUACCGCCUCAAGGCCGCGAGAUGCGCCACACGGAGCCUCACAGCGCAGGGGAUGUGGGUCAGACGUGGGAGAGUGGCGGCGGACCUGACGUGGCUAAGGCAGGAUAAGGGAACCCUACAGUAGUGACGACCAGCAGUGAAGAGGGAGAUAUGGUGAGAAACGGGCAAUAAACCAGAGUGGAUGAGGGCAGUGGAGUUUGGCACUGAUAGCACGGUGGUAUAGUAGUAGAGUGGACCUGACGAGGCUGAGGGAGGAUAAAAGGAGGCUAUAUACCAGUGACAACCAACAGUGGAGAGAGAACAGUGAUGGUAAGAAACAAGCAGUAAACCUGAGUGGAUGAGGGCCACAAAGUUUGGCGCUGAUAGCACGGGGGCACAGCAGUAGGCGUAACAGAUCCUGGAGAGGCGUGGAGCAGCAAACCUGGGUUCUCAAUUAGUACCCACGGCAUUCCUCUCCACAUCGCAGCACCAUACAAAUGCACUCCCUUCCUCCCUCGCUCCUUGCACCACUACCACCACCACCACAUGCUACACGUCACAAUGUAACGAACUUCUCUGUUGUAGUUAGUAAACUCAGACGACCAGUGCCAGUUCCACAGUAUCGAGUGACACGAAUAUAGGAUGAUGAAUCUGGUCGGUAAGGGAUACGGUGACCAACCACACCUCUGGUCUGCCCGCCGCUGCCACAAGGUAGUACAUCUCAACCAGCCAGUCCGCGCACGCCCAAGACUCCACCCCGCAUCAGAGUACUAUAGCACAUUCCGGAGAACCUCUCCUCCACAGCCAGGUGACCAAGGAGUGAGGGAACCUGUUUGCAAAAAGUGGAUGGUAAUUGCAACGAGUCGGGGUUCUCUGGCAGCCUCGUGCGGCGCGCCUCAUCUCGCCCAGAAUGUAAACAGUCUCGCCCGGUGCUCAGCAGUGUGCGGUGGUGCGCGUGAAGCUGCGCAAGUCGUUCGUAGUAAAAUCCAGUGAACAUCCACACUGCGUCUUCAAGUAAUAAACAAAGGAUAGUGACUUACGCUUGACAUUGAUUAUGAAACUGAUAAGUGAAAGAAAGAUAAAGAGAAAAGAUACACCAUGACUUAAGUGUUGUGCCGUGAGCGAGUGAGUGAGUGACACGAGGAACUAUGCACCGCUUCGCCAAGCCGCUGCGGGAGGAGCUAGAUGACCUCGAGGAUAAAAGCUGGAAGAGGAAGUCCUAUGCUCUGGCCCAGCACAAUGCCCUCCCCAUCCCUAUGCCCCAUCCCGUCUAUCCCCCACCCAUUGCAUGCCCCCCUCCUGCAGUGGUGAUCAGACCCUCCAGGCUUCGUUCAAGGCCUCCUGGUAGUGGAUACAGACACCCAGCGAGUUAUCACCCGGCGGUCAGGCAAAAUUAUUACCAAAGACCACCGUCACCUGACCGCCUCCCGCCACUCUCCGAGACCAACCCAGGGACUCCAGACCAGCCUCUACCUCUCCGGAAGGCGCCGCCACCUCCUAUUCGGGAAGAUCCUAGCACAGAGAUUUACCAUCGAGAAUAUGGCGGUGCCCCUUCCCCGCCUGAGCUUAGCACCUUCAGAACACCGCCAGCAGCAAGGCCCGUCAUCCAACCUUCCUCACAACAACGACCUAAUAACAUGCAUGCCUUGCCAUCCAGACCGCCUGAUAUCGAUUCCUUCGCAAGACCUUCCAACAUCCCAGUCCCAAUGGCAAGGUCUAGUCACAUCCCUCCCCCGUCCUCCAGGCCUUCCCAUAUUCCUCAGCCACAGAGUCGCAUUGAAACCGUCGCCCCGCCUUCAAGACCUGCCGUGAUUCCAGAUCGUGAUGCACCAAUAUAUGAUACAGUCCAGCCCACCUUUAGCACUUUCGCCCCUUCUUCUCUAGCUGACUCUACACCACCACCACCACCUACUACUGCACUGCUUCUUCCUCAGCACAUUCUUCAGUCCUCUCCAUCACCCCCACUUAAACGCAGCAAAAUACCAUCUCAAUCAGAACACAGAGCAGGACCACCGCCACCCAACCCUACAUACCUUUUCCCACAGCACAAACUUCACACCUCUCCAUCACCACCACCACGUGUACGAAAAAUGCCUCCGUCUAUGCCCGUUAAACCACCUACACCACCAGAACCUACACCCAUUACUACACUCCCUCCACCUCAGCAGGUACAAAGUUCCCCUCCAUCACCACCACUUGUACAGAAAAUGCCUCCAUCAGUGCCCAUUAAACCCCCAUCACUACCAGAACUUACACCAACUCCAGCACCACCACCACGCAACACCACACUCCCACCUCAGCCCACACUUCACUCCCCUCCAUCAUCCCCACCAGUUGUCUGCAAAUCGCCCCCAUCACUGCCCAUUAAACCACCACCUACACCACCACAAAUACAGCCAAAGGGAUCUAGAAUCGACCAGCCUCUGCCUUCACCACCAUCGCCAGGACAUAAGUCCCCUCAUAACAAGAAGGUGCCAGUGCCUCCGCGCCCCAAAGAGGCACCCCCAGCUGUACCCGCUUCCCUAGCAAAGACGCCUGAAGUCACUCCAGAGACCCAGGAUCGAGAAACACUGCUACCAGGUUCAGAGUCAGUCAUCACGCAACCUAAGGCUGUUCAAAUGUAUCCUGAGUCUUUAGAUAAGCCAGUCACUGCUUCAAAACCAGCAAAUCACGUUCUCCAGGCAGAUGAUGGCCUUGCCUCCACGCUAGCCAGUCCCGCAUCAGAACCAGACGCGGAGCGAGAUACAUCAAGAAUACGUGCUGCCUUUCCCGACACGUCAAAUGGGGAAGAUUCUAAAAAACCACAGCCUGCCGGGAACGCCUCGUAUCUGAACUCCUCUCUUAUGGAACCCAAGCCAAUUUCUGUGCAGCCUGAUUCCCUUCCUGAGGAUUCUAGUCCCACCCCUCAAAUUCCCAAGGUGCCUGAGUUUCCUAAGACUGAAUCCAGUUUCAUUGCAUCACCUACAGAGGUUAAUUCCCCACACGAGGACUCAAGAUCCACGCCUCAGGUUUCCAAGGUUCCUGAGUCCCUUAAGACUGAAUCUAGCCCCAAUGUAUCAUCUACAGAGGAUUCCAAUUCCACGCCUCAGGUUUCCAAGGUGGGUGAGACUCUUACUGCAGAAUCCAGUCCCACGACAUCACCUCUGCCAGACAAGACAAACCCACAGUCCGUUACUCGAGUGCAGCAACACCUCCCACUGACGCCCUCAUCUCAGAGCCGUUCCUCCUCCCUCGCGUCCAUCGGCUGCCUACGCACGCCUCCAUCCAUCCGAGCAGCGCCCUCGUGGCAGCCCAUAUUCCUCCCGGCGCCCCUCACAAGGAGAUCCACUUCAGCAUCGAAUUCAGAGAGCUCCCUCUCACCUAGCUCCUCCAACACCACGCCACGCCCCGCCAUGCCGCCUGAGGGGUGCCAAAACUUUCUACCAACCCCGCCAUCCUCUCCCUCCCAGACACGUGUCGACAGUGUCACCCCGGCGUCUUCCAUCUCGUCCUUGCCUCUCGGUCACGGCCAAAGUCUUGCGGGCGAGGAGGAGGAGAUGCAGCACCAGCACCAGCACGAAGCCGCCCCAGCAGAGGACAGCCCUGACACCCCACGCUCCUCACCUCCUGAUAUGACGCUCCACAACGCAGAGAAAGCAGACAUGCCCGUGGUCAACAAUAUUUCCCAGAUGGAGGACCUCGCAGCAGCCGCCCCUUCCAAGCCCGUGCCCGCUACUGAAAGCUACCAAACAUACAAGACGAGAUUCUGGAUUCUGACAGUCUUUUCUUUCAUCUGUUUCUUGCAGACUAUCGUGUGGGGAACGUUUGGACCCAUUGCCGAGUCAGCUCAGGCGGCCUUCCCCAGCUGGGACGACUCCACCAUAGCAGCCUUCCCGAACUGGGGGCCGAUUAUCGUAGUUGUCUUUAUCAUCCCCAUGGUGUGGCUCUCGCAAAGAUUAGGUCUGCAGAUAGCGAUGAUAGUGUGCGAGCUGUUCCUGACGCUGGGCACCAUGCUACGCUGCUUCACUUCAAACGAAGCAGUAUUCACCGUGAUGUGUCACGUCAGUUCCGUCCUAUUCGCCUUCGCCGCCUGCUUCACCCUCUCCCUACCUGCCAUGGUCGCGGCCACCUGGUUCCCGCCCAAUGAGCGGAUUACCGCAACAGCGGUGGGGACCCUCAUGUGCCAGCUUGGAGCCGCAGCCAUGUACCUGGGCGCGCUAGUAGUGAGGUAUCCGAGCAGCAGCGAGGUAUCGGCCCAGGAGAAGGAGGAAAUACGAGGCGACAUCAUGGUGCUUAUGUACAUACAUUUCGGCGCGGCGUUGCUCUUGCUGCUGGCGGUGUCGAUCUACUUUCCUGCGAAGCCCCCGACCCCGCCCUCAGCGUCUUCAGAGGAGGAGAGGAUAGACUAUUUCAAGGCCUUCAGGGUGAUAUUCAAGAAGCUGCAGAUGGCCAUAGUUCUGAUGGUGUUCGCCUUCUCCUUCGGCGUUCCUGUCGUCUGGAUCGCCGUCCUCAACCUUUCCCUCAAGGACAUCGGUAUCCAUCAGGAUGAGGCCAUGGGAGUCGCAGUGACCGCCGUGGUGUGCUCCAGUAUCACGGCUUUCAUCGCGGCCAGGAUCACGGACAAGGUGUACGGCCACCUCAAAGUGACCGUCAUCGCAUUGCUUGCCAUCUCCUCCGUCUUCUUCCUCUGGUUUCUCCUACUAACCACGCAAGUCAUUUAUCCGACCCUUGGCCAGGUAUAUGUGGCAGUGGCUGGCGGCCUUGGAUUCGAGUACGCCACAGUGCCGCUGCUGGUGGAGCUGGCGGUGGAGAUCGGCUUUCCCAUCCCUGAGAGCGUCACCGGCGCCACACUCACCUUCGUGUUCAACCUUGUGUCUCUGGUCUUCCUGGGUCUCUUCCAGAUCCCGAAUGAAGCAGGUCAUCUGUGGGUGAGCUGUGUGCUGCUGGCCUGCGUCUCCCUAUCCAUCAUCCCACUGAUCUUCGUCAAGGAGACCCACAAGAGAUCUGACACUGACAGAAAGUUUAUGUAGCAAAUAAGGAAAUAAUAAUGUUAUUUUGUUUUAAGUAUUACCAUCGUUCUCAUCCAUAGUCAUUGUGUGUCUGUGUGUGUGUAUGUGUGUAAUUUUUAUAUAAAUAAAUAAAUAAAUAAAUAAAUAUAUAUAUAUAUAUAUAUAUAUAUAUAUAUAUAUAUAUAUAUAUAUAUAUAUAUAUAUAUAUAUAUAUAUAUAUAUAUAUAUAUAUAUAUAUAUAUAUAUAUAUAAGAAUUAUUGUACAUAGAUUCAAUAUUGUAUCUAUACAUAAUACUUAAGGAUUCUAUAUCUCUAUGCCCAAAUUUUUCAGUACCUAAUUUACAUCCGUAAACUGAACUGCCUCUGUCUGCCUGUCUGUCUGAGGGCUCCAUUGCUGUACAUCAUCUUGCCCUUUUUUUUUUUUUUAUGUAGGAGGGGCACCAGCCAAGGAAAAAAAAAAAAAUGUCCCGCUGAGGUGCCGAUCCUUAAACAGUCACAAGAAUUUGUCAAAAAUAACAGGAUAAGUGUCUUGAAAUCUCCCUCUUGAAAGAGUUCAGGUCAUAGGCAGGUGGAAAUACAGAAGCAGACAGGGAGUCCCAGUUUACCAGAAAAAGAGAUGAAUGGUUGAGAAUACUGGUUAACUCUUGCAUUAGAGAAGUGGACAGAAUAGGGGCGAGAGAAAGAAGUCUUGUGCAGCGAUAAUGCGGGAGGAGGGGAGGCAUGCAGUUAGCUAGAUCAGAAGAGCAGUUGGUAUGAAAAUAGCAGAAGAUAGCAAGAGGUGUAAUAUUGCAGUGAUGAGAAAGAGGCUAAGACAGUCAAUUAGAGGAGAGGAGUUGAUAAGAUGAAAAGCUUUAGAUUCCACCCUGUCUAAAAGCACAGUACGAGUGAUACUCCUCUUGCAUGUGAAGCAAACUCCAUACAUGGAUGGAUAAGGCCCUUGUAUCAGGUUAGCAACUGGGAGGGGGGGAUGAAGAAAACUGGCAGAGAUGACUCAGAAUACCUGACUUCAUAGAAGCUGUUUUAGCUAGAGAUGAGAUGUGAAGUUUCCAGUUUAGAUUAUAAGUAAAGGACAGACCAAGCAUGUUCAGAGUAGAAGAGGAGGACAGUUGAGUGUCACUGAAGAAGUGGGAAUAGUUGUCUGGAAGGUUGUGUCAAGUUGACAGAUGGAGGAAUUGAGUUUUUAGGCACUGAACAAUACUAAGUUUGCUCUGCCCCUAUCAGAAAUUUUAGAGAGAUCAGAAGUUAGGCAUUCUAUGGCUUCCCCAUAUUAAUUGUUUACUUCCUGAAGGAUUGGACAUCUAGGAAAAGACGUGGAAAAUUGCAGGAUGGUAUCAUCGACAUAGGAGUGGAUAGGACAAGACAUUUGACUUAGAUCAUUGAUGAAAAAUAGAAAGAGAGUGGUUGACAGGACAGAACUGUGAUGAACACCACUGUUAAUAAAUUUAGAAGAAGAACAGUGACUGUCUACCAUAGCAGCAAUAGAAUGGUCAGAAAGGAAACGAGAGGAAGUUACAGAGAGAAGGAUAAAAGCCGUAGGAAGGUAAUCAGGAAAUCAAAGCUUUGUGCCAAACCCUAUCGAAAACUUUUGAUAUGUCUAAGGCAACAGCAAAAGUUUCACUAAAAUUUCUAAAAGAGGAUGACCAUGACUCAGUAAGGAAAGCCAGAAGAUCACCAAUAGAGUGGUCUUGAUGGAACCCAUACUGGCAAUCAGAUAGAAGGUUGUGAAGUGAUAGAUGUUUCAGAAUCUUCCUUUUCGAGGAUAGAUUAAAAAAAUUUAGAAAAGCAGGAAAUUAAAGCAAUAGGAUGGUAGUUUGAGAGAUUAGAACGGUCACCCUUUUCAGGAACAGUCUGAAUGUGGGCAAACUUCCAGUUAGAAGGAAAGGUAGAUAUUGACAGAGUUGAAAGAGGUUCGACUAGGCAAGGUGCAAAUACAGAGGCACAGUUUCAAAGAACAAUUGGAGAGACCCCAUCAUGUCCAUAAACAUUCUGAGGGUUUAGGCCAGUAAGGGCAUGGAAAACAUCACUGCAAAGGAUUUUAAUGGGUAGCACAAAGUAGUCAGUGGGUGGAGGAGAGGGAGGAACUAGCCCUGAAUCAUCCAAGGUAGAGUUUUUAGCAAAGGUCUGAGGGAAGAGUUCAACUUAAGAAAUAGAUAAGAUGGCAGUGGUGCCAUCAGGUUGAAAUAAAGGAGGGAAAGAUGAAGAAGCUAAAUUACUGGAGAUGUUUUUGGCUAGCUGCCAGGAGUUAGACCUUGAAAGAUCUUGGUAUUUCUAUUAAUGAAGGAGUUUUUGGCUAGUUGGAGAACAGAUUUGGCAAGAUUCAAAGUGGAAAUAUGAAGCGCAUGAUUUUUCAGGUGAUGGAAGGCUCAAUUACCCUUUGUUUGCCAUCUCUCUAUCAUGUAUAGCACAAGAACAGGCUGUGUUAAACCAAAGUUUGGAAGGUUUAGGUCGAGGGAAAGAAUGAGGAAUGUACACCUCUAUGACAGACUAUUAUCUCUGUUAUGAGCUUAGCACACAGACAGGUCUAGUUGAGUCUAGGUUGGAAUCUGAGGUAAACAUUCUUCAGCCAAAAUAUUUCCUCUCUCUCUAUCUUUCUCUCUCUUUUACUGACAUAGAUAUACAUCAAACAUUUUUGCACUCUCAUUUCACAUUUAUUAGUAAAAAAUUAAAAUAUGAAAGGCAUGAGUUUAAUCUAGCAAGUGUGUGUGCAUAAAGGAAAAGUAAAGGUAGGGGCAUAAGCUAUGACUGCACAUGGCCUUUGGGGUCAUCUGUUUUUUUUUUUGUCUUUGGGCCUGUGGUGGAUGACAUCUUUCAUCCCAGGACAUAGGACACUGACAUACAGGGUUCCACAGCUUACCUUCCACAGGUUUCCCAAGGUACCCAUUUAUUGGCUAACCUGAAGGAAGGAUGAACAGCUGUGUGAGCUCUGUGCUGACUGCCCCAGCCCAGAUUUGAGCUGGUGCCUACGAAUUAGUAGCAUAACAGAAUGGGAAAUUAUUUGUUUGCAAACUAAGAACUCAAAAAUUGCUUAUAUUCUGAAUUAAAAAGAUUGGCUUAUUUGGAUAUGUCUAUAUGAGGCAGUGUUAUGGCUCAAGUAGGCAGUGUUGAUUUGUGCAAAUAGCUGGGUUCAUCUGAAAUCCUUGUAGAGUUAUAUGAUACCAUUAAAUAUUGUCUGGUUGUCAAUUAAGUUCACAUAGAACAUUGCACUAGGAAGUAUCAGAGAGAGAGAGAGAGAGAGAGAGAGAGAGAGAGAGAGAGAGAGAGAGAGAGAGAGAGAGAGAGAGAGAGAGAGAGAGAGAGAGAGAGAGAGAGAGAGAGAGAGAGAGAGAGAGAGAGAGAGCUCCAUAUAUCUGGCAUUUACAGAUCUAAUUAUUGUUUCUGGCAACUGAAACUACUACCAGGACUUCUUAUGUUUUCAAGUAUUUCUUUCACCCUCCAAGAACAGUAUCAAGGAAACCAACUUAUAAACAAACAAGUUACUACUAGUCACUGUAGGCUCAGCUGAUUUAGAAGCCAAUCCCCAAGCCUUGUUUCCCCUUUCAUCCUAGUAGUUGAGUGGUUCACUUGUACUGCUUUUGUUUCUUCCCACUGGUUUCUACAUCAGCUUAACCUGUGGUGAUGGUAGUUGGCAGAAAGGUCCCAUACACUUAAGAAGAAAAGGUUAAGUUGUGAUAAUCCCAUACAUUUUUAACUUUCAUUUUUAGGCUUUGUUUAAUGCUGGUUGGAUUUUAUAUUGUCCAUGCCUGUAAAACUUUCAUGUUCAAGAAUAAACAAAUGUUUUUUUUUUUUCAUUAAGAAUGUGUAAUGUAUACCUUUUGGCACCAAAUACUUUCUCUGGUAAUUCAAUAUGGAUGGGAUGAUUUAACAGUAACAUAAUACUAAAUCUAAUAUUGAACACAGUUUUCAGCAUUUUAACUGAAACAUGAUGAACAUAAGUCCAAUUUUGUAUUUUCUUAAUAAGUUCAAUUCAAAACUAGACUUUUAAUCAUGAAACAUAGAGGCAAAAUAUGUAUAUAGAAGUUUAUAUCAACCAAUAAAGCUUUUCUUUUUUUACUUUCUAAACUUUUUAUGUGAAAUAUAGUUAAAAAAAUAUCAUUAUCUUCACACCACUGCUAUAAACACCAAACAUGCCCACAAUGUUUUUCCUCUAAGCAAGGAACAUACACCUAUUAUUAAGUAAAAAUGCUGAGAUUGAGAAUUUUUCAAUUUUUGUUAAGGCCCAGACCUGAGAAAAAAAUUUAAAAUUUUUCCGAUUGAAAAAUUUCUUCCCGCCAAACUACAGAAUUCUGAAACAUUAAAUGUACAAGCAAAGUAUGUAUAAAGUAAGUUUAUAUCAAUGAAAAUUAUUUUUUACCUUCUAAACAUUUUUUAAAUGUGAAAUAUGGAUGAACCUAGAUAUUAUUAUCUUCACACCGCUCCUAUGAACACAAAAUAUAUGUACAAUGUGUCUCCUUUAAGCAAUGAAUAUACUAUUAUCAAAUAAAAAAUUUUGGAA